GUUUAAAUGACCAAGUACAGUGCUUGCUGAUUCUAUUUUUCAUACGAAAUGUAAGUCUGGAAAUUCCAAUUCUCAAUUAAAACUAAACAAAGAGAGUAUUAAGAAAGACAAGUUAUGGAAACUCACAGAGACUUGUCCGGACACAUGACAAAAUGAAACAGCCAGCAAUGAGAAGAGGGAGGCCAACAAGACAUGCAAUUAAUAUGCAUAUGCAGAAAAAGAGAUCGAGGGACCUAGUUGGUGCCGCCUCCAAAGGAAGAGGAGCGGUUGAGCAGCAGUGGAAUGAUUUAAUGGGUGACGGGAGGCUACAGCCUGCCUUCCUGCAGCAGCAGCAGCAGCAGCAGCAGCAGCAGCAGCAGCGGCAGCAGUGUGGGAAUUCUGACCAUUGGGCUAGUUUUCUGUGUGGACCGUUGGGCUUUUGAUGUACAUUAGGCCAUAUUGGGCCUGAAAUUUAAGCCACUUUCUUCACAUUUCCAUUUUUAAUUUUCUUUUCAUACGUAAAAUCAAAAGGUUAAAAAAAAUAUUUAAGGCGU